AUGGCCCCUCAAGCUGACAGUCCACCUGCGGGAACUCCCUCAAAUAUUCCAGAUCAAUUAGACCCGGCAACUAAGAGGAAGAUUCAAAAUCGUCUCAAUCAACGCGCAAGCAGAAAGAGAAAAGCACUAGAGGCUGCAAAUAACCUUGCAGCAAAUAAAAAAUGGGUGGUCUACACCGACGAGUCGACUAUUUCCAAUAGCAUCAAUCACGCCCAGAAGCCGAAUCAGCCGGACCACAAGAUCACCCGAAAAUCACCCAAUCCAACCGACUGUCAAUCUAUCUGUAAUUUCAGUCUCAAUGCCAAUGCCAAUGCCAAUGCUUCACCGUCCGACGCUAUCUUAUAUGAAGUCUAUCUCCGGGCUUUGCACGGGCUUCAAAAUCCGACUAUUUCGCCAAACAUCUCUUCACACGUAUCCCAAUACAGCCUCCUCAGCGCCACCUUCAUCAAUGCAAGAUUUCUAGGAUUGACUCUUGAUCUCCUCAAUGAUGAUCUAGCUUCUCAAUUCAACAUCGUCGGUCCAUCAUCACUGCAUCUUCCGCCGAGCCUGUGGCCAUCCAAAUCACAACGAAAAAUCAUUCAUCAUCCGUGGAUUGACCUGAUCCCAAUAUUAUCCCUAAGAGAAAGCAUUCUGCGCAGAAUGGGCACGCUUGACGAAGACGAGGCGUGCGGAGAUCUUUUUGGAAUGUGUACUUCAUCAUCGGGCGAGACGGGAUUGCGGGUUUGGGGUGAAGCUUGGGAUCCACUCGCCUGGGAGGCAUCGACGGAUUUAAUUAAGAAGUGGUCUUGGAUGAUGAAGGAAUGUCCUGAUGUUAUAAAAUCUACUAAUUAUUGGAGGAAGCAGCGGGGGGAGAAAGCGGUUGUCAUUGAACUAGAAUGA